AUGAUGGCGUCGAGACUAGAGCUGAAUCUGGUCCGGCUGCUGUGCCGAUGCGAGGCGAUGGCGGCGGAGAAGCGGGAUCCAGAAGAGUGGCGCCUGGAGAAGUACGUGAGGGCCCUGGAGGACAUGCUGCAGGCCUUGAAGGCCCAGGUGAGUAAACCAGCUUCCGAGGUGAUCAAUGAAUAUUCUCGCAAGGUGGACUUUCUGAAGGGGAUGCUACAGGCAGAGAAACUGACCUCAUCCUCGGAGAAGGCACUAGCCAACCAAUUCCUAGCCCCCGGCCGUGUGCCAACCACAGCCCGGGAACGAGUGCCUGCCACAAAGACAGUGCAUCUACAGUCACGGGCAAGGUACACCAGCGAGAUGAGGAGUGAACUGCUAGGCCUGGUAAGUCCUCUUUUAGAGCUGGACAUAAGGAAGCGAACCAGGGGGGCAGGGCCCAGGCCGGUGGAAGAGAAGCAGUCGGCAGCUGAACUAGACCUUGUCCUCCAACGACACCAGAAUCUCCAGGAGAAGCUGGCAGAGGAGAUGCUAGGCCUCGCCCGGAGCCUGAAGACUAACACUCUGGCUGCUCAGAACGUGAUCAAAAAGGACAACCAGACCCUGUCCCACUCUCUGAAAAUGGCCGACCAGAACCUGGAGACGCUAAAGACGGAGUCGGAGCGGCUGGAGCAGCAUACGCAGAAGUCGGUCAACUGGCUGCUCUGGGUCAUGCUCAUCAUUGUCUGCUUCAUCUUCAUCAGCAUGAUCCUCUUCAUCCGUGUCAUGCCCAAGCUCAAAUAA